GCUAUUGUUAACAAAAACGCCUUCUAACAUCGAUACCAUAUCACAAAAAGAAAACAAAUAAAAUUAUAGAAAACAAAAAAAAAAAAGGAUGCUAUGUUCUAAAAAUGUACGUUGAGUGAUUUGCGACCAACGGGAAAUCCCCCACAAAGACACGACAACGAAAUUAGAUCGGAAAAUCGAGCUCCAACGCAUUUGUUUAUGUGACCCAAGGAGCGCCAUGGCGGAUCCGGAGGAUUAUGAUCUGAACUUUGUUCAGCUGAGUCGCCAGCAGGCGCUGCAGCGAUAUGCGGGUGCAGUGCGUCAGCUGCGCCGGCUGGCUGAUCAGCGGUACGGUGUGCGAUCCCUUAGCUUCGACAAUUAUGUGCUGUUUCAGUAUUUCCGGCAACGCAAUUGGCAAACUGGCGUCACGCCACCCGCCCCCUUAAUGGCCUACCUCAAGCUUGAGGUACUGCAUCAUCUGCUGGACCGACGACGACAGAUCCUCUGCUGGCUGUUCUACCUCACGGUGGUGUCGCUCUGCGUGGCCGCCUACCGUUAUGAGGUAACCAGCUCCACCGGCGGACAUCAGGAGCGCGUUGUCCAGGCCAUGGUCUAUCCCGGGAUGCGCAUGUGGCGGCGGAUGACCAUGCCGCUGAUCCAACGAUUCCCACAGCUUACCGAACUCUACGACGAGUCCUGCCUGAUGGGCAAUCCGUUUUUUCAGCUAGAGGAUCUGAGCUGCGGACCGUGUGCCGAAGUGGAGACCGUCUGGCUGGAGGGCGAGGAGUGUGCAAAUGGUCAUCCGCUGGAGUACCAUCAGAACCACAAGUGCCAUCAGCCGGAGGGAUCGCCCAUCGCCUUUAGGAGCAACCAGCAGGAGUCCAUUGACUUGAGCCACUUCUACAACAUCUACGCUAGCAAUCAUCAGAUCUUCCAGCGCGACGCGUAUCGGGUGCACUCGACCAACCAGGAUGUGCACAAUCUUGAGGAUCUCUUUGGGCAGUUCAACAGCAGCUGGACCCAGCAGGCGCACAAUCUUUGGCGCUGCAAUCGCAUGCUGCCCGCGCGACUCCUGCGUCCCAUUUUCGCCCGGCCAACGCGAUUGCCCAGCAUGGGCGUGGCCCUGGAGCGUUAUGUGGCCAUCGAUACUGCCCAGGCGCCGGCCUACACAUUGCCGGAAACGGAAUGCCCCAAUGUCUAUAUACACCAGGCGGUAGGCACGCGGUUCAUCAUCCUGCGACCCACCAGUGAGUGCCGGCACCGCUGUCGCACCUUGUCUCUGCGACUUACCCAGUCCUUUGUGCGUGAGUAUCGUUUCGAUUGCUUUUGUUCCGGGGCCAACACAUCACAUCAGAAGGUUCACUGUUUAAGGAUACCUUAGAUAUACCUUAUUUUUUGAGUUAUUUAACAAAGGCAGUAGAUAAGCUCUUGGUCAGCUAUAACUGACAAAUAUUAUAGUUUUGUUAUAAUUUCAAUUGAGUAUUUGUUGCAGCAAGUUUUCAAUGAACCUUUCAGUGUGGGAUUUCUUACUAAUUCCCUAUGCUUUUGCAGUCAGUUACAAUUGGUUGUACUGGAAACCGAUCUCUGCGCCGGAUCCCAUCUCCGAAACGCUGUCCAUCAGCCUAAUUGGAUCUUACUGCUAGAGGAUGCCUAUUCAGAUGGCAGUCCACGUUUCCCGCUUCCCUCGCUCCUAGCUUUAAGCGCAAUAUACUUAUAUAUAGAUAUAUACACACACGACAACCAGGACUUUUACCAAGCCAAAAUUAUUUUACGAAUUUUGCCGCUCCAUUGGAUAAGCAAGCAAAACAAAAGUAUGGAAACAAGGGAAGCUAGAAGCUGCCUUCGUUUUCAAUUUACUAGACCCUUAGGCCACCGGCUCAAUUCGUCGCCCAUUGUAAUCCUCAAGUCCUAGAUCGUAAGCCUAAGUUUAGUUAAACAGUUAACAGUUAGCUCCUGGCAGCCGCGCUUCAUCCUUGUGUUCGUCGUUCUAACCAUUUUGCAUUUAAAACUCUCGACUCUACGUUCUGUUCACACCAACUAGCGUAGCCAACGGAAAGCGAUUUUGUAAAUAUCCAUUGCCAGACUUGAGUUUGAAUUUGUGUUUUUGCAACAACUCACGAAAUAAAAGAUACCUAU